UUUUUAUCUUUGCCUCUCAAAAAUCAAAUAAGCAAGAUGUCUACUAAUGAGAAUGCCAAUACCCCAGUAGCUCGGCUGAACAGAUUCAAGAACAAAGGAAAGGACACUACAGAAAUGAGAAGGCGGCGCAUUGAAGUCAACGUAGAGCUGAGGAAAGCUAAGAAAGAUGACCAGAUGCUGAAAAGAAGAAAUGUUAGCACUUUACCAGAUGAUGCUACUUCUCCCCUUCAGGAAAACAGGAGCAAUCAGGUUUCAGCACACUGGUCAGUUGAAGACAUAGUCAAAGGAGUCAAUAGCAAUAAUACGGAGCUUCAGCUGCAUGCUACUCAAGCUGCCAGGAAACUCCUCUCAAGAGAGAAGCAGCCCCCAAUAGACAACAUAAUUCGGGCUGGUCUGAUUCCCAGGUUUGUCUCCUUCCUGGGCAGAGCAGACUGUAGUCCUAUUCAGUUUGAAUCUGCCUGGGCACUUACCAACAUUGCCUCUGGCACGUCGGAGCAGACCAAGGCCGUAGUAGAUGGAGGGGCCAUUCCAGCCUUUAUUUCACUGCUGGCCUCUCCCCACACUCACAUCAGUGAACAGGCUGUGUGGGCCCUGGGAAACAUUGCAGGGGACGGUUCUGCCUAUCGAGACCUGGUUAUUAAGUUUGGUGCCAUUGAGCCCCUGCUGAGUCUCCUGGCUGUUCCUGAUCUCUCUUCUCUGGCUUCUGGGUAUUUACGCAACGUGACCUGGACGCUCUCAAACCUGUGUCGUAACAAGAAUCCUGCACCACCCAUAGAUGCCAUUGAGCAGAUUCUGCCAACUCUGGUUCGGCUCUUGCACCAUGAUGAUCCUGAGGUGUUAGCAGACACAUGCUGGGCACUUUCCUACCUAACAGAUGGCUCCAAUGACAGGAUAGAAGUUGUAGUGAAAACUGGACUGGUGCCACAGCUUGUGAAACUUCUGGGAUGUAGUGAACUGCCAAUAAUGACUCCUUCAUUAAGAGCCAUAGGAAACAUUGUCACUGGUACUGAUGAGCAGACUCAGCUUGUUAUUGACUCGGGAGCACUAGCUGUCUUUCCAAGUCUCCUUUCUCACCAUAAACACAACAUUCAGAAAGAAGCAGCAUGGACCAUGUCAAACAUCACUGCUGGACGUCAGGAUCAGAUUCAGCGAGUUGUAGACCAUGGUCUUGUGCCUUAUCUCAUUGGCAUUCUGAGGAAGGGGGACUUCAAAUCUCAAAAGGAAGCUGUAUGGGCUGUGACCAACUACACAAGUGGUGGAACAAUUGACCAGAUUGUGUACCUCGUUCAGGCUGGUGUUGUUGAACCCCUGCUGAAUCUCCUCUCUGCUAAAGACAGCAAGACUGUGCUAGUUAUCCUGGAUGCUAUUUUUAAUAUCUUUCUGGCUGCUGAGAAGAUUAAUGAGACUGAAAAACUUUGCCUCAUGAUUGAGGAGUGUGGGGGUCUAGACAAAAUUGAAGCUCUCCAGUCACAUGAAAAUGAACAAGUGUACAAAGCCUCAUCCACCCUGAUUGAGAAAUAUUUCUCAGCAGAGGAGGAGGAAGACCAAAAUGUUGUACCAGAAUCUACUGCUGCCAGCUACACUUUCCAAAUUCAGGGCAAUGCUCCAGAUACUUUCAAGUUUUAG